GUUCCCGUUUCACACACCGUUUCCGUUUUGCCAAACGCUUAAAUGUUCAAUAUUAUCUUUAGCUUAAAAAGUGCCUAGGAACCUUGGAAAGUCAAUUCAAGUCGCGCCACUCGCGGAAUCCCAUACCACGCAGCAUUUUAUUGCUCGACACAUUCUCGUACUCGUACUCCAGUAGCUCUCGACCUGUUAUGUCAACAAAUAUUGUAUAUUAAUCAAGAAAUAUCCAACUUCGACAGCGGAGAUGGCCACCAUUCUUAUGUACCUAAAUUCAUAUUCAGUUCUACGCGAUUAAUUGAUCAAGAUCUUUAGGCGCAUCCUUUGAAGUUCGGAUGUGACGGAGUUGCUAAAGACAAACUGGGCACGCGCCAUAGACCAAAACCGCCCACCGCGCAUUUCUAGCUACAUAGCUGUCAUAGCUAUAUACCUCUUCAUAAUUCAUACUGGAUGAUCACUGGUCAAAACUAGAUAAUGGAAGAUGUCGACCUCUUCGCCGGCCACCGAGGUCGCCCGUCCUCGCCCAGACGACCUACCCGCUGUCCACGCGAAUGCGAAGAUAAAUCAAAAUGGCUCGGAGCCGUUGCGUGAUCUCGGACGGUCGCCGACUUCUUCUGACGAUCCAAGCACCAGUAUUCUAGGGACCGGGAAGAAGAGCGUCGUAAAACUCUCGCGUAAGGAUACGGCCGGAAAAGAUGCAAAGGAGAAGAAGGACUUGGAUACUGCAGUCCGACCUGGGCCGCAAGCCACCUCUUCGUCCGCACUCGACCCCCUAUCCCAUCACAUAUUCGUGAGAACCAAUACCGAUCGCUCCAUCGCUUCGAGAUUUCGCAAUCCCGCGCGCUCAGAUAGUCCUGCAACAAAUGAAGGUCUACCCCGUCCUUCUUCCGAUCUAUCUACUAAGCAAGUAGCGCCUCAACCUGAUCUACCAAGGGACAGGAGGAAGGGAGGGUUCCUUAGUCGCCUAAGCAUGAUCGGCGGGAAGAAAAAGGAAGGCGGCAUCCAUGACGACGAGUCCGAGAUUAGCGAAUUGAGGACCGAGGGGGCGAACGCCGUAGCCUUCUCUUCUGCCGUUGGUGCUGGUGGCUAUAUCCCUCACCACAAAGAGCCACCGCGAUAUAUCAGGGUUCGAGCGCACAACAAGAAAAUCAAGGAGUUCAACCGCAUGUUUCUCGCCCAGGAGCUGGUAGGGACACAACCACCAAAUCAAGACGACGACCAAGCUAAGACCACGAACGGAGCUAGCGCAACACAGGGGCUCGGUAAAGAUGAGUCGGAAUUGGGUGGCCCCAUCUGGGCCAUCGAGUUUAGUAAAGAUGGCAAAUAUCUAGCCACCGGAGGUCGAGACCGGGUUGUACGCAUAUGGGCCGUGAUCGCAACAGAAGAAGACCGAAAGGCGGAGGGAGAAGAAGAGAACGCGGCCAGCGAUACAGAGGAGCGUUUGAGUGCGCCGGUCUUUCGCGCGAAACCGGUUCGGGAGUUCGUUGGUCACACCGGCGAUAUUCUUGAUCUCAGCUGGAGCAAGAACAAUUUCCUCCUUUCUUCGUCAAUGGAUAAGACUGUCCGCCUCUGGCACAUAAGCAGACAGGAAUGCUUGUGCACGUUUAAACACAAGGAUUUUGUCACAUCUAUUGCCUUUCAUCCUCGCGACGACCGCUUUUUUCUCGCCGGUUCCCUCGACUCAUAUCUACGCUUAUGGAGUAUUCCUGACAAAGCCGUCGCUUAUUCGAGCCAGCUGUCUGACUUCAUUACGGCCGUUGCUUUUUCCCCUGAUGGGAGGACCGCAAUAGCAGGAUGUCUGAAUGGGUUUUGUAUGUUUUAUGAGACUGAGGGUCUCAAAUACCAUACGCAAAUUCACGUACGAUCAUCAAGGGGUAAGAACGCUAAGGGGAGCAAGAUAACCGGCAUCGAGACGAUGAGAUUUCCUCCGGAUGCUCCUGAUGGUGUGGUUAAGGUUCUCGUCACCUCAAACGACUCUCGCAUCAGGAUCUAUAAUAUGGGAGACAAGAACCUCGAACUAAAACUCAAAGGCCACGAGAAUACGUGUAGCCAGAUUAGGGCUACGUUCAAUGACGAUGGCAAUUAUAUCAUAUGUGGGAGCGAAGACAAGAGGGCAUUCAUAUGGUCAACCAGUUCGAGACUUGCCGAGAACAAGGAAAAGAGACCUUAUGAAUAUUUUGAGGCCCAUUCAAGUAUCGUGACAAGCGCUAUCUUCGCGCCAACGUCAGUACGACAAUUAUUACAAACCUCCGGCGACCCUAUAUUCACGCUAUGCAAUCCUCCACCGAUAACAUUGCGCAGUAAAGAGGAAUCGACGGUGAACCAGGCUGUCGAUGCUCAAGAUACCCAAUCCGAAAGCUCAAACAAGGUCAAGAAGCCUGACGAAUCCCCUGGGUUCAUUGCACGCUCCGCUCAUUACGAUGGUAAUAUCGUCGUGACAACUGAUCACACGGGCUUGAUCAAGGUCUUCCGCCAAGAUUGUGCCUUCACCAAACGUCGUCACGAUAACUGGGAGACCGGUUCAACAUUCUCCAGGAAGCUUGGAAGAGAUAGUCUGCUAGGCCGAAGUGGCAGCAUCGCCACACGAUUCAGCGCCGGCAGUCGAGAUCCGCAUUCUCGCCGUGGCUCGCUUACGCAGCCACCCCAAAGUAUACAGGGCAUAUUCCAAGCCAAUUCAGAAAGGAUAAAUACAUGGCGACAUGGUGUCGAAGGACACACCGGUAGGCCGACAUCAAUAACCAUCUCAACGCCAGCACGCAGUGAGCGGUCACUUUCUCCAAGUAAGGCAGCUCGCACCCCUAUAAAUUCAACUUCGGGGCCAAGAAGACAGCCCUACGCGAACACGUCAGCCAUCAAUGUUCCAACGAGUCCUACGUCUAGCGUGCAAGCUAAUAGGACCAACGAUCGUGUAGGGUUGCGGGAAGUAUCCGUCCCGCCAACCCCGAGCUUUUCGUUUAGGCCGGUAGACGAAGAGGAAGACGAGCUACGCCUGGAUCCAGCUGGCGCAAGUUACUCGUUCUGGAAUCUAAAUAAAUGGCGAAACAUAAGCCCUCUGCGAGGUAACGGGUCCUCCCUUGGGUCGGAUUCGGCGCAUCAACGCUCGCAGAGCACCGCGUUAGUCUCGGACACGACGGCGGUCGAGGAUAAUCGGAGAAAAAGCCUGGCAACAGGUACAGGAGAAGCCGAAGCAAAUGGCAAGUCGGAUAAGCAUACGCGACGAAAGAGCGUGCCGGCCGGGGCGAUAUUGUCCCGCGAGAAGGACGAGAAUCAUCUGGCGCCGCCGGUUCCUGUUUCCCCUCGGCCCGAGUCCUACGCCAGCCGCCUGAGCUCGGAACUCACUAGCGAAGAUGGCGAGGACAUGCAGUGCCCGUCAUGUGGCAGUCGAGACUUUAGAGCGAAGAAAGUGGGUGGUAAGCAAAGGUUACAAUGUGGGAAAUGUGGUCGUGCAGUUAAUUCAUGAGGUUAUUAUAAUGAAUGUGGUUGCAUCUUCGUCUUCUAGCAGGACCGGAGGGGAUACCUGUACGCUGAGUUAUGAUGAAUGUGUAUCGAGAGAACGGAUAUUGGA